AGAAGGACCUUCUUUGCAUACCGAGACGCGGCACUAACACUUCCUCCACAGAAGAGAACAAGUCCAUCUCGAGAACACCGAGGGCUUGUUAGCGACUAUCAAGCACCACAAGCGACUUGCCUAGCUUGCUGAGUGACCUUGUGCGCAAGAUAGCAAUCGGCUUCCAGUGUCCUUCUUAUAGGGUCACAGACCGUCUCGUGGUGCAAUCAUACUGCACUGCAUUCCUUAGUCACUUGCCGGGUCGGAGACAGUAAGUUUCAGAUCCAGCAGUCCGGGAACCAGCCCAGUUCCCAUCGGCCUCAAACAUACAUUCCCCGCGACCAUUGUAACCUAGUGAUGCCAAGUAAGUAAAGCCUCCUUGUCAUGAGCACCCCUUUCAGUCCUCCCAGUCCUCCCAGCCCUUAUAUAUUGCACCUUCCGUCCCCUGUUCGUCCCCUACAGCACUUCUCUUCUCGGUCUUCCCAUCAUGUACUACGAGUCCAUACUGACUGUCCCUCAAGCGGACGCUCUCUUCACUCCUCCUUCAUCCUACUCUCCUCAGAAGACCCUCGCCCGGUUGGACCUUCGGUUGGACACCCACUCUGACGACAUUCUAGACGCUGAUAUCUUCAACAUGAUCGGUACUGGAUCGCCUCAGCCAUACAUCAAAGAAGAAGUCGAUGACAUGCAGUUCAACUCUGGCCGCUUUGGAAACCACAACGGUUUCGACAUGAAUCAACAGUACAACAACCCGCAGUUCAGCUCUGCACAUGAAGGUGGAAGUGCGAUCGACCCAUCGAACCUCACCAUGAGCGGAAACAUGAACAUCAACAGCCAAUUUGGGUCUACCAGCUACGUUCACGGUGCUGCAAACAUCGCAGACGAUGAACUCGCUGACUCACUGGGGUUCAACGGCUUCAGCCAGGAUAACCUGAACCAACCAGACUUCUUCCACUCCAACUCUAACGCCGCCAAUAUGAACCAGGUCUACUCCAAUACUCCAGAUGAUCUGCCCAUCCAGAGUCCCUUUGUACACCCAGGGGGGUUCGAUUUCAACCAAUACCAAUCAGGACCUCAAAGGAUGGGCUUUGCGAACAGCAUGCAGACCAACUCGAUGCGACACCGCAUGGCUAUAAGCAGGACCGGCUCUGACAGCCGCACACCAAUGUCACCAAAGACCCCAGCCAUGGCCAGCCUUCACCUUGGUACACCUGACUCGGGCAACUUUGCGUCUCAGCCCAUCAUGACCAACAUGCAUCGCCACCAGAAGAGCGUGUCCGGCCAGUGGGAAGGUACUCCCGGCAGCGCUCACUCCUGGAUCGACUCACCCACCCAGUCACCUCACACUGCAUCGUUGCACCACCAACAGAUCAACGAGGUCAUGCACGGGAAGCACGCAUCCCUGCCUACAAAGGUUGACAUUGGCCAAACUCAGGACGCAAAGAAACGCCGUCGCCGCGAGUCUCACAACCUUGUGGAGCGUCGUCGUAGGGACAACAUUAACGAGCGCAUCCACGAUCUGUCUCGUCUAGUGCCCCAGCAUCGUCUCGAAGAUGAGAAGAUCCGCAAGCACAUCAACAACAACGGACCACUCUCACCAACCAUGGGUGCUACUGGUAUGUCACCACCACAAGCAACGUCAUUGCUGGCUGGUGGUAGUGGCCGGCGAGCUGCUGGUAACAUUACACAAGGGCUACCCAUGGAAGAGAAGGACAAGGGCCCAAACAAGGGAGACAUCCUCAACGGAGCCGUCAGCUGGACUCGUGACCUCAUGUGGAUGUUGUACAAGAAGAUGGAAGAGAACGAGGAGCUUACCGCCCGCCUGCGACAGGCUACUGGAGAAGAGUGGCCCGAGAUGACCGAAGACGAGAAGCGCAUGAAGACCGAGAUCAUGGAAGCCGUUGAGAAGAAUGGUGCCGGUACUUUCAGGUACUCCCGUGGUCCUGGCUCUGGCCUUCGAGUACCCAAGCACACCACUCUUGCUGGCGAGCCUCUUUCUGGACUGUCGCCGCAGAGUCUCAGCCCCGGUAUGCAGAGCACAGGUAGUGGCUCCGGCUCCAACCAGCAACAGUACUGGUCGAACCAGGCUCUCAAGGAGGAGGACGAGUACGGCAUGGACAUGGGUUGAGCGCUCUCGGAUUCGGAUCCCUUCCCGGUGCACCUUUCAUUGUCUCCUUCUCGGCUUUUCGAUUCCAUGAUACCCCGCGAUACCCCGCGAUACCCCGCACCCGUUCCUGCAUCCUGCAGAUGCACAUACUAGACCGACUUGCG